AUGGCAUUUGAAGAUAAGUUUGAGAAUUUUGAUGAGAUUUUGAUUCAGUUGUACAAUGGUAUUAUUUUUCUUCAUCUUUCUUCUUUUUAUUUUAAACAGCAGGUCCAGAAUUUUGGGAAACCUUUUUUCCUUGUCAUCCAUGAGGGUGAGACGUUGACUGAAAUCAAAGAACGCAUACAGAAGAAAUUGCAGGUUCCGGAUGAGGAGUUUUCAAAGUGGAAUUUUGCAUUUUUAUCUUUGGGUCGCCUCAAGUACCUUCAGGACUCGGACAUCGUUUCUAGUCGUUUUCAGAGAAGGGAUGUUUAUGGUACUUGGGAACAGUACCUCGGGUUGGAACACUCUGACAAUACUCCUAAAAGGUCAUAUGUGGCCAAUCAGGAGAGUGGUUGUCAAGCGGAGUCUCAGCAUCCAUCCCAGGACAAUAACUUGGGAAAUGUAGAAGUUGACACUACCGCCAUUUCUGGAGAAGAAGUUAGCUCUGUUGAGUCAGUUUGGCAAGGUCUUGUUUUGACAGAGGCUCCUUCUGUCUAUAAGGAAGCAGAGAGAGUCCAUUCUGAAUCCACUCUUUACACAAGCUUCUCCGGGACCUCGCCUCCUCAGCAGGCUGCCCAACCUAUUUUGGGCAAUCAGGGCUCAAGCAAAGCAACCCCAGUUUGUGCCACUUCUACCAUUACUCAAGCUGGUGGACAUGCUUCAAGUGACCAAGCCUCAGACAUUGCCAGAGGAUGCAAUAUCGGCAAAGUCAGAUUUUUGUCGUACUGGGUUUCUUCUGAGGCAUCACUGUUACUCAAAAGGAUCCACGGCCUUCACAAUGACACUUUCACCAGAUUAUCAAUGAAAGGUCACAUUCUACAAACAAUGCUACUUGAGUCGUUUGCUUCAUUCAUUGAGUCGAUGUCAAACACUAUGGUCCAUGAUGAGGAAGCACUACGCUUGGCUGCAAUUUCAAUUGAGGACUUUGAGCAAGUUGGGUUGGACUUAUCAUGGCUGAAGCAGAGGCUGGAUGAAGCAAAGAGGGUGAACAAACACACGGAAUCACUUGCCUUUGUUGAUUUGUGUGAAAGCACUCUCAAAGUGGCUCGAGCAAAGGUUCGUGAACUCGAAGAAUCGCUUGCCAAGGCUAAGGCAGAAGUGGAGUUUUGGUCCAGGGACUUGCCCAAAUCACUUGGAGUUGAUGAUUCUGUACUCAAAAAUGUUGUAUAGAACAUUAGCAUAAAUAUUUUCAUUCUGCUAAGAAGUCCUCUAUAUGAUUUUGCUUAGUACUGUGUUCUAUGGUCUUAGAUUGUAAAUAUUUUUAGGUGUGUAUUGCACAUAUGUCAUUUGGGUCUGGUUGUGUUUUAAAUUUUAAGCUUUG